CAAAAUAAAAUAAGGAUGCUAUUGAAUAUUGUAAUAUUAUUGCUUCUCCAACAAGGGCCAGUCUCCGUGAACGGAACUGACAGUCAGAAAAACUGUCUGCAUGCAGUUCAGGGAUGAAAUCCAGGCUGCAGCUGUAGCUGGUGCCCAGCCAAAUGGACGACUGGCACCGAUGCAUUUGAGAAUUUACUUUCUGAUCUUUGCUACUACAAGGACCGGCAAACAGGGCAGUGCAGGUUCUGGGCUGCAGCUUAGAGCUUAAGGGGGGGUAACAGACAUGCAGAGAGAGGCACGCGCGCGCACUCAGAUAGGGCAAAGCCAAGAUGUUUAUGGCAACUUUGGAAACUGCAUUUACCAGUUACGUGUUGAACUAAGCUAAACCGUAUUUAAUCUGCAUCGCAAACCUCUUUUUGUGACAUUCAUUAAUAUUCAUUUUCCAUGCAUGUCUUUUCAUUAAUUACUCUUCACUGUUGUUUUCAGCCAUGGACAUUGUCAUGGCUGUCAGCUGAGGCAAUGAAAAGUACCAUUUCCAAGAAUUCCUUGGAGAGCUCCCUGCGGCAACUAGAAUGCCAUUUUAAAUGGGAUUUGCAGAAGCAGGAUGUGGAUCUCGAUGACCUAGAGGAAACAAUAGGUGAUCAGAUUGAGUUUUUAAUGAAAGCCAACAUCACAAAUUACAAUCUACUAUCAUAUGUAUGCCACCUAAAGAAUAUGAAUGAGGAAGCCCUAAGGAAUCUCCAAAAAGCUGAAGAAGAAAUUAAAAUAAAUCAUCCACAUGAAAUUGCCAGGAGAAGUCUUGUUACCUGGGGAAAUUAUGCCUGGAUCUAUUACUACAUGGAGAGAUACGAAGAAGCUCAGACCUAUGUGAGCAAAGUGGAAAACAGCUGCAAAAAGCUUUCAAGUACUGCUCAAUGGAAGAUUCAGCUUCCAGAGAUCUAUGCUGAGCAAGGAUGGGCAUUAUUAAAGUUUGGGGGAAAAUACUACAAAAGAGCAAAGAAUUGCUUUGAAAAUGCUCUGAAGAGUGAACCCAAUAACCCAGAAUUUAAUGCUGGUUAUGCGAUAGCAAUGUAUCGUCUAGAAGAUUUUUCUCACAGGCAAUACGAAGACAUAAGCCAGUCCCUCAAGCCCCUGAAGCGUGCAGUGGAACUGAAUCCAAAAGAUACUUUCAUUAUGGCAUUACUUGCAUUAAAAUUACAGGACUUCAAUAAAGUUAAUGAAGGGGAGAGGUACAUUGAAGAAGCAAUGCAGAAAACCCCUGAUCUUCCUUAUUUACUGCGAUAUGCUGCUAAAUUUUACAGAAGGAAAGGAGAAGUGGACAAGGCACUGGAGAUUUUGAAAAAGGCCCUAGCAGUGACACCAAAAUCUGCCUUUUUGCAUCACCAGCUAGGACUCUGUUACAGAGCAAAGCUGUUCCAAUUGAAAAGGACUACAAGAUAUCCACCUCAAGACCAAGUGGAGGAACUCAUCCAACUUUCCAUUUUUCAUUUUGAAACAGCGACUGAGCAAAAGACAAAGUUUUUUUCUGCCCACAUUGACUUAGCAAAAAUGUAUGCACAAGCGAAGAGGUAUGAAGAAGCAGAAGAGAGAUUUCAGAAAGCAUUUCAGAUAAAUAUUCUAUCCUAUCAUGAUAAACAAGAAUUCUUCUACCAUUAUGGCAAUUUUCAGUGUAAUCAUAUGAAAUCAGAAUCUGAAGCUAUUAGGUAUUACACAGAAGGGCUGAAAAUUGAGGAGGAUUCUUAUGCAAGAAAUAAGUGCAUAGAAGCUCUGAAGAAAUUGUUGGAACGGAGAAUUCAGGGAGGUUUAGGAGAUGCAGCAGAUUUUGGUACACUUGGACUCAUUCACAGUCUAAGUGGUGAGAAACAUGAAGCAAUUGAGUGCUACGAGACAGCCAUUGCAUUGUCUCCCGACAAUGAGAAUUAUCUGAGUGCAUUAUGUGAGCUAAGACUUUCCAUCUCAAGCUAAAGCUCCCAAAAAUCCUUCACAUCAAAACAAAACCCAAACCCAAGGACAUUUCAAUAGACUGUCUAAACUUUAUUCUUUUUUUUUUUUUUUUUUUAAGGUUGAAGUUAUAACCAGAUGAAACAUUUGUUUGUUCAUUCACCAGAAAGCAUGCUUGGAAAGACUAAAUAAUAGCUGAGCUAUCUUAGUCUUCAACGCUAACGUUGGUAUAAAGGUUGUGUUUAAGUGACGAUCUGUAAAACACAGAACUUCUAAGCUGGAAAUCAGAUCUUAACUUCUACUGAGAAAAAGAUAAGGGAAUCCUAUUGUAGUAUUUUACCUAACCACUUGAAAGGCAUGUUUGUACACAAAUGGAAUUUCUGAUGCUUUUUCAAAUAUUUUAAAAAUGUCUUUUUUAGUGUUUAGAGAAACUUUUGUUGAAGACUUGUUCAGUUUACUAACUUCUAUGUUGUUUGUGAAAAACAACCACUGUUUGGCUACUUCACUGGAAAGCUUACAAAAUGUGUGUCUGUUGUGAACUAUUAAAGAGCAUUACAUCCAUCAA